AUGUCUGAAUCCGUCGCCGUGAUCGGUGCUGGACUAGUAGGGUGUCUCACAGCCAUUGCUUUAGCGAAAAGGGAUUACGAUGUGACCCUUUUUGAAUACCGUCCAGAUCCCAGAUUGAGCACUACCGAGGACAGGAACCUUCGAUCUAUUAACCUGGCUAUCUCCGCUCGAGGCAUAACUUCUUUGGAAUUCAUCGACAAGCAGAUUAGUGAGCGGGUAUUGAGGGAUAUUAUACCCAUGCAUGGCAGAAUGAUUCACGAUCGAGAUGGAAAUCAGGAGGCCCAGGAUUACGGUCUCUUCGGAGAAUGCAUAAAUUCCAUUGAUCGCGGGUUACUCAACAACAACCUCUUGGAUGAAGUAGACAAAUUGACCAAUGUUAAAACUGAAUUUUUACACAAGUUGUCUCAGAUCAAGUUCGCUGCGGCGGGAACUGGGAAACAAGUCUGCGUGUUUGCGACCAAUUUGACCACCAAAAAUUACGAAUUCGAUUUUGUAGUCGGUUGCGACGGUGCUUACUCGACUACUCGAUCCCAAAUACAACAUAACACUCGAAUGGAUUACUCGCAGGAGUACGUCGAUUGUUGCUACAUUGAGCUCUACAUCCCGCCAGCUGCUGAAACCAACAGAGAAUUCAACGGGCCGUUCGCUAUUUCUCCCAACCAUCUGCACAUUUGGCCACGCCAUAACUUUAUGCUGAUUGCGCUUGCUAACCGAGAUGGAUCCUUCACUUCUACCUUUUUCGGACCCUGGGCCCUCCUGGAAAGUCUUGAUUCUAGAGCCAAAAUCGAAGAGUUCUUACGCCACAAUUUCUCGGAUGCCUUGAAGCUGAUUGGGACAGAACAGGCUCUGAAUGCGUUUGAGUCAAAUCCUCGCGGCGCUUUGAUGUGCGUAGAAUGUAAACCGUAUCACUUGAACAGGGGCCAAGCCAUAAUAAUUGGUGACGCAGCCCAUUCCAUGGUUCCCUUUUACGGACAAGGUAUGAACUGUGGCUUCGAAGAUGUCAAAGUUCUAAUGCAGCUCCUCGAUAAGCACCAAGGUGAUCGCUCCGCUGCAUUUGGUGAGUACAGUGAAAAGAGACACACAGACUUAGUCUCGAUUAUCGAGCUUGCCAAGAACAACUACAAAGAAAUGUCCCACAGCGUCACUUCCAAGCUCUACUUGAUGCGCAAAAAGCUUGACACUUUGUUAGGCAGAUUGCUCAAGGAUAAUUGGAUUCCACUCUAUACCAUGGUGUCUUUCAAAGCCGAAAUUCCCUAUCACAAGGCUAUUCUAAAGGAACAACGACAGAAAAAAAUUCUAGUUUAUCUCCAAGCUGUGAUACUUGCCUUUACAUCUGUUGGAGCCUUUGGCAUCUACAAGGCUCUUAGAAGAACCCUCAAAAACUAUAAAUAA